CACCGGAGCGACAUUGUUGUCUUCUCGAGAGGCUCUACGAUCUCAUGCAUGCGGGCUGUUUGGUUGCGUGCCGCACUGCGCGAGACGCGCACGCCACACCGUUAUGAUAUCGGGGCAGGUUUGGUUUCAUGGCAUGAACUGUCAGACUUUAGGCCCGCCAGUUUUGACAUUUUUUAGGUGGCGUUUGGUUAUCUGCCCUUGGUUAUGAUGUGCAAAAGUUUUUGAACAGUCAACCACUUGUCGUAAAGAAUUUCCCUGGUAAUUUUAGAGGAUUAGAAUCCUAACCAAAAUAAAUAAAUCAUAUGUGGGUUGUCUGAUUUGUAGGAUUAGUUCCUAUAUAAAAAACUUCUAAACGAUUUCUCACAUAAGAAAUUUUACGGAUUUGCUAUUUUAUAGUCGACUGUUUUUCAAUUCGUUGUCAAUCAAAUCUUUGUCUGUUCGAUCUUUGCUCUGAGAUUCACGCUCGGUCUGCUGUUUUUUGCGUUGGUUUUUGUUAUCGGGCGCGGUUUUCUUCUUCCGCCCGUUUUCCUGGGCCCGCCCCGUCCCGGCCGGGCACUGUUGGUUUUUUGUCUUUUUUGAAUUUGGGAGCGGGGUGUCUACCUGUCUGGUCGUUCCCCUUUCUCAUCCCUUCGCAUUUGGAUAAGGCAGAGAGAGAGAGAGACGUCGAGCAGAGGAAGAGGGGGAGGCGAUUGCUUGCGUUCAUGGUGAUUUCGAGCUCAUCCACCGUAGGAUACUGAUUUCUCCCUCUUCUUCUCCUCGUCCGCGGGCUGCUCUGGUUCCUUUUCCUUGUCUCUCGCGCUUUGCCCAUGCUUUUUUGUGGCCGUGUAGUUCCAGAUCUGGUGAUUUUUUUGGCUUCAUGGAUCCGCGGCAUGUGAUUUUUGUGGUCCGCGGGAUGUGCAUGUCGAUGUCGUGGUGUUCUAGUCCGCCAUGGUGCCAUGGUUGUUCGUGUGAGUUUUGGGAGGAGCCUGCAGUGCGCCUUGUGUAGUCUUCUGUUAUUGUUGUGGGGCGCAGACCAAAUUCCGGGCCGAUUGUGUUCUCGUUGUUGAUUUGUAGGUAGGUGUAGAGAAUAAGUUCUGCUGCUGUCGAUGUGGAGGUAGCUUAGUAGGCUUUAGUUCCCAGUUGUGGAUCCCGUAACUUGUCUCUGAAGGUGGAGGUGUGGUUAUAGUCCCUGAAUUUCUUCAUGUUUGUUUACGAUUUGUCCCACGAUGUUGUUCAUUCUGAUGGUUAAUGGACUUCUCUGCAGCUUGUUAGACCAAGGUUUUGUGUACCCUCUUGAAUUUCAUGGGUGUUAGACCAAGGUCUUGUAGAGCUAGUAUCUCAAUGGCCAGACUAUGGAAAAUCUCAGCCAAGGAUGUUCCGCAAGUUUCUUGGGUUGAGAGUCCUGAUUCUUCAAAAGAUCCUUUCGUGCCUAAUGAUUUCGCUGAUAAGAAUGUUAUGUCUUUGGAUUUCUCUGCUGAUGAUGCAGAGUUUGAUAAAGCACUUUACAAUUUCUAUGUGAAUAGUUUGGUUCUUUUGCUUGUGUUUGUUCCAGAUCUAUGUCAGUUCAUGUCGCCCUCUCGCCAUCUGGUGCAGCCGCUGGUAGGUGUGAUUGCUAGGUCCUCUGUGGUUGUUGUGGUCGUCCCCCACACGCUCCUGUUGUAGUUUGUAGAUGUAGCGGUUGUUUUCCCUUUGUCUCUGUAGAUGUAGCAUGACGGAUUUCUGUAGAUGUACCUGUAGGUGCUAGAUUCUGUAGAUGUAGCAUGCGGGAUUUCUAUAGAUGUUCUGCUCAUGGUCUUGUAGGUGAGGUUCAUGUAGAUGCCUAGCUCUUUCCUGCUGAUGUCCCUGAUGCUACCUGAUGCUUCUGCGUGUUCUCCUGCUCAUGUCAUGAUACUACCUGCUCAUGUCAAGCUUUUUGUAGUCCAUGAAUUCGACUCCUGAUUUGUUGUUGCGAGCUAUUGGUGUUUAGUUCCCCUUGUACAAUGUUUGUUUACGUCUAUCAGGCAUGAAUUUUGAGUUUAAUUUCA